AUGAAUAAGUUUGUUACUAGAGAGAAAACUAGGAAUCCACGUUCUAGCUCUACUCGUCUUUCUGCCAGUUCAUCCGUAGCUCUAGAAAUUUGGAGACAAAUAUUUAUUUCAGAUGUUGAUUUAGAAUCUGACGAAGCUGAUUCGGAAAUUAGAAAGUUCAUUGCAAAGUAUAUUGUUGAUUCUUGUGCUAAAGAAAUAAUCAAAGCUAUUAUUGAAGACUUGGGUGGAGAUUAUUUUAAGAUACCAGUUGAUGAAUCAAAGGAUGUAUCACACAAGGAGCAAAUGACACGUGUUCUAAAAUCUGUUAACAAAGAAGGUGAAAUGAUAAAGCGAUUUAUUGGUAUUGUUCAUGUAACACUUGUAGCUCUUGCAAAGAAGAAUUCAGAUGUAGAUGACUUUUUUUGUUUAGUUAUUAAUGUGUUAAAUAUUGUUGGAGCAUCUUUUAAGUGCAGGGAUUUGCUUCGAGAACAUCAAGCUGAAAAGUUAGAGGAGUUGCUCAUAUCAGGUGAAGUGCAUAUAGGACGUGAGUUUUCAAAUUAUAUUGAUAAACUUCUUGCUAAAACUCUUAUGAGUGAGAUGAAGAAAUUUGACUUUGUUUUUAUGUUGCACUUGAUCUGGAAAGUUCUAAUAAUGACAAAUAAGUUGAGCUUCUCUUUUCAAUGGAUAGAUCAACAUAUUAUCAAUGCUAUGGGAUUGGUUGCUCUUACAAAACAAAGGCUACAAAAUAUGAGAGAUGGUGAAUUUGAAUCAUUAAUAGAUGAUGUCUCUUUAUUUUGUGGUAAGUAUGAUAUAAUGAUCCCGGAGAAGGAUGCUAACUACUUUCCUGGAAAGUCGAAGCGUAAAGCUAUUGAUAUUACUUAUUCUCAUCAUUUGCGGGUUGAAAUUUUUUAUGCUGUUAUUGAUUUGCAUCUCGAUGAACUUAAUAAUCGUUUCAAUGCUAUAAGUACUGACUUACUUCUUGGUUUGACUGGUUUAAAUCCGGUCAAUUCAUAUGAUAGUUUUGAUAAAGGCAGGAUAAUGAAGUUGGUUGAAUGUUAUAUGAAUGAGUUUGACAGCAUCAAGCUUUGUGAUCUCAAUUGUCAACUAGAUAGUUUUAUAGUUUAUGCUUGUUGA